UGGGUUGGGUGACGUUGAUUAAGCUCGAGAUUAAUUUUCGAGUUUUAGUGUAAUAUACAAUAUUUCUUGAUUACUUGUGAGAUCAGUGUAAUGAAUACGUAAAAGCAGAUUACAAUAAUUCUCCGUAUUUCAAAUAUCGGCACGAUAAGUUAUACUGCCUCACCAGCAAUAUCGUGUAUUGAUUGACUGCUUGACUUCUUUAACACCGCCAACUAAUUAUUUAAAUUGUGCAUUUAUCCUGUCAAAGGGAUAUUAUCGUAUAAAAUUAAUUAUUUAAAAAGCAAUAAUAACAAGAUGACAGAUUCGAAAUAUUUUACGACUACAAAGAAAGGAGAAAUAUUUGAACUUAAAUCUGAGCUCAACAAUGAUAAAAAGGAAAAGAAAAAGGAAGCUGUGAAAAAGGUCAUAGCGAGUAUGACAGUAGGAAAGGAUGUAUCGGCACUAUUUCCAGAUGUUGUAAAUUGCAUGCAAACAGAUAAUUUGGAAUUAAAAAAACUUGUCUACUUAUACUUGAUGAAUUAUGCAAAAUCACAGCCUGAUAUGGCUAUUAUGGCUGUUAACACAUUUGUAAAGGAUUGUGAAGAUCCCAAUCCACUAAUUCGAGCUUUGGCUGUUCGUACUAUGGGUUGUAUCCGUGUUGAUAAAAUAACUGAAUAUCUUUGUGAGCCUUUGCGUAAAUGUCUGAAAGAUGAGGAUCCAUAUGUCAGAAAAACAGCAGCUGUGUGUGUUGCUAAGUUAUAUGAUAUUUCAUCAAGCAUGGUAGAGGAUCAAGGGUUUUUAGAUCAGUUGAAAGAUUUAUUGAGUGAUUCCAAUCCAAUGGUUGUUGCUAAUGCUGUUGCUGCUUUGUCGGAAAUAAAUGAAGCUAGCCAGAGUGGUGUACCACUAGUUGAAAUGAAUUCAGCAACUAUCAACAAACUUUUGACUGCCCUAAACGAAUGCACAGAGUGGGGUCAAGUGUUUAUUUUGGAUUCUUUAAGCAACUAUAGCCCCAAAGAUGAGAGAGAAGCACAUAGCAUUUGUGAAAGAAUUACUCCAAGACUUGCACAUGCAAAUGCUGCUGUUGUACUCAGUGCCGUUAAAGUGCUGAUGAAGUUAAUGGAAAUGUUAUCUGGAGACACAGAAUUCUGUGCAAAUUUGAGCAAGAAAUUAGCACCGCCUCUUGUCACAUUACUAAGUUCUGAACCAGAAGUUCAAUAUGUUGCUUUGAGAAACAUCAAUUUAAUUGUUCAAAAACGACCGGAUAUUCUAAAACAUGAAAUGAAAGUAUUUUUUGUAAAAUACAAUGAUCCAAUAUAUGUCAAAUUGGAAAAAUUAGACAUUAUGAUCAGACUUGCUUCACAACACAACAUUGCACAGGUUCUCAGUGAGUUAAAAGAGUAUGCUACAGAAGUUGAUGUGGACUUUGUUAGAAAAGCAGUCCGAGCUAUUGGGCGAUGCGCUAUUAAGGUUGAGCCUUCAGCUGAGCGUUGUGUAUCAACAUUAUUGGAUUUGAUACAAACGAAAGUGAAUUAUGUAGUUCAAGAAGCUAUUGUUGUAAUAAAAGAUAUAUUCCGCAAAUAUCCAAAUAAAUAUGAAAGCAUUAUAAGCACUUUGUGCGAAAAUUUGGAUACAUUAGAUGAACCAGAAGCUCGUGCUUCCAUGGUAUGGAUAAUUGGUGAAUAUGCAGAAAGAAUUGAUAAUGCUGAUGAGUUGCUUGAUAGUUUCUUGGAGGGAUUCAGUGAUGAAAAUGCUCAAGUACAAUUACAGUUGCUAACAGCUGUGGUAAAACUGUUCCUUAAAAGACCAGCUUACACUCAGGAAUUAGUACAACACGUUUUAAGCUUAGCCACUCAGGAUUCAGAUAAUCCAGAUUUACGUGACCGUGGUUUUAUUUACUGGAGAUUAUUAAGUACUGAUCCUGCAGCCGCUAAGGAAGUUGUUCUUGCAGAAAAACCACUUAUUUCAGAAGAGACAGAUUUACUGGAACCAACACUGCUCGAUGAAUUAAUAUGCCACAUCAGCUCAUUAGCUUCAGUGUAUCACAAGCCCCCUACAGCAUUUGUUGAAGGACGCGGAGCCGGCGUGCGCAAAUCUUUGCCUUCUCGGGGCGUUGCUUCAGAAGAUUCUACAGUCACAAACACUGCCGAAGUUAUACCUAGCCAAGAUUCAUUAAUUGGUGACUUGCUUUCUAUGGAUUUGAAUCCGCCAAGCAUUCCAGUUGCUCAAAACAUUCCAGCUUCAAGUAAUAUAGAUCUCCUAGGAGGAGGUUUGGAUGUACUACUAAGUACAUCAGAUGUCAAUUCUACUAAUAACAUCGGUAACUCUGGACUUCUGGGAGAAAUAUUCUCUGUGGGAUCAGCUGGCCCUUUUGUUAUACCAAAAGCAUUGUGGUUGCCAGCUGAAAAGGGCAAAGGUUUGGAAAUAUAUGGAACAUUCUCCAGGAGAAGUGGACAGAUUUACAUGGACAUGAGCUACACCAACAAAGCAAUGCAAGCUAUGAGUGGUUUUGCCAUACAGUUGAAUAAAAACAGCUUUGGUCUGGCACCUGGUGCACCAUUACAAGUUCCGAAUUUGCAACCAUCACAAACAUAUGAAACAUCAUUGGUUCUUGGAACAAAUGGAGUUGUUCAAAAAAUGGAGCCAUUAAAUAACUUGCAAGUGGCCGUAAAAAACAACGUUGAUGUAUUUUAUUUUGCUUGUCAAGUACAUAGUCAAGUUCUGUUCACCGAAGAUGGUUUACUAGAUAAACGUGUUUUCUUGACUACUUGGAAAGACAUUCCAGCUGCUAAUGAAGUUCAAUAUUCAUUGAGCGGCUUACAAGGAAAUGCUGAUUCAAUAGCUCAGAAAAUGCAACAAAAUAACAUUUUUACAAUUGCCAAGCGAAAUGUGGAAGGCCAAGAUAUGCUUUAUCAAUCACUCAAGUUAACAAAUAAUAUAUGGGUUUUAUUGGAACUGAAAUUACAACCAGGUAAUCCUGAUGCAACAUUAAGUUUAAAAUCAAGAUCUGUUGAAGUAGCACCAUGCGUUUUCCAAGCAUAUGAUAGUAUCAUUCGAUCUGCUUAA